AGAGCUGCGGCUGGAGCCCAGCGCUUUGCGUCGCCUGCCAGUGCCGGUGCGGAGCGGAGCGUGGGGAGCAGCCGCCGCAGCCUGGUCCGCCGCCGGGAGGGUCGCGCCCCGCGCUGUCGGCCAAGCCGCCCUGUGCCCGGGCCUUUCCGUCCUUGGGAGCGGAUCGCUGCCCGCCAGGCGCUCGCCCGCCCGCAGCCACAGCGCUAGCCAGAGCCCAGGCCGCCGCGGCGGCCGUGCCCAUGACCGGGUGUCUGCCCUUGGCUGCUUCCCCUCUCCCACCACUGCCGCAUCCCACCUCGACACUGGGACCUCAGGUGGCCACCUGCCCCUAACUGAGGCUGAGCCAGGACAGAGUCCGGGAGGCAGGAUGGGCGACAUGGCCAACAGCUCCAUCGAGUUCCACCCCAAGCCUCAGCCACAACGGGAGGCCCCGCAUGCCGGCGGCUUCGGGUGCACGCUGGCUGAGCUGCGUUCCCUCAUGGAGCUCCGAGGGGCUGAGGCGCUGCAGAAGGUCCAGGAAACCUAUGGGGAUGUCGGCGGGCUCUGCAGGAGGCUGAGAACGUCGCCCACGGAGGGUCUGGCAGACAACGCCAACGACUUGGAGAAGCGCAGACAGAUCUACGGGCAGAACUUCAUCCCUCCCAAGCAGCCCAAGACCUUCCUGCAGCUGGUGUGGGAGGCGCUGCAGGACGUGACCCUCAUCAUCCUGGAGGUGGCCGCCAUUGUCUCCCUGGGCCUCUCUUUCUACGCGCCUCCGGGAGAGGAGAGUGAAGCAUGCGGGAAUGUGUCAGCUGGCGCAGAAGACGAAGGGGAGGCGGAGGCUGGCUGGAUUGAAGGCGCCGCCAUCCUUCUCUCCGUCAUCUGCGUGGUCCUGGUCACGGCCUUCAACGACUGGAGCAAGGAGAAGCAGUUCCGGGGCCUGCAGAGCCGCAUCGAGCAGGAGCAGAAGUUCACGGUCAUCCGCAAUGGGCAGCUCCUCCAAGUCCCUGUGGCCGCGCUGGUCGUGGGGGACAUCGCGCAGGUCAAGUAUGGGGACCUGCUGCCGGCCGACGGGGUGCUCAUUCAGGGCAACGACCUGAAGAUCGACGAGAGCUCCCUGACCGGAGAGUCCGACCACGUGCGCAAGUCUGCCGACAAGGACCCCAUGCUGCUCUCAGGCACUCAUGUCAUGGAGGGUUCCGGAAGAAUGGUGGUGACGGCCGUUGGUGUGAACUCCCAGACAGGCAUCAUCUUUACUUUGCUUGGAGCCGGCGGAGAGGAGGAGGAGAAGAAGGAGAAGAAAGGCAAGCAGCAGGACGGGGCGAUGGAGAGUAGCCAGACCAAAGCUAAGAAGCAGGAUGGGGCAGUUGCCAUGGAAAUGCAGCCCCUGAAGAGUGCGGAGGGUGGAGAGACGGAGGAGCGGGAGAAGAAGAAAGCCAGCGCGCCCAAGAAGGAGAAGUCGGUGCUGCAGGGCAAGCUCACCAAGCUGGCCGUGCAGAUCGGGAAGGCAGGGCUGGUGAUGUCCGCCAUCACUGUCAUCAUCCUGGUCCUUUACUUCGUGAUCGAGACCUUCGUCGUUGAUGGCCGGGUGUGGCUGGCCGAGUGCACGCCCGUCUACGUGCAGUACUUCGUGAAGUUCUUCAUCAUCGGGGUCACGGUGCUGGUCGUGGCUGUCCCCGAGGGCCUGCCCCUGGCUGUCACCAUCUCCUUAGCCUAUUCAGUCAAGAAAAUGAUGAAGGACAACAACCUGGUGCGCCACCUGGACGCCUGCGAGACCAUGGGCAAUGCCACGGCCAUCUGCUCGGACAAGACGGGGACGCUGACCACCAACCGCAUGACCGUGGUCCAGUCGUACCUCGGGGACACCCACUACAAAGAGAUUCCCGCCCCCAGCGCCCUGACCCCCAAGAUCCUUGACCUCCUGGUCCAUGCCAUCUCCAUCAACAGUGCCUACACCACCAAAAUACUACCUCCAGAGAAGGAAGGCGGGCUCCCGCGCCAAGUGGGCAACAAGACGGAGUGCGCGCUGCUGGGCUUCGUGCUGGACCUGAAGCGGGACUUCCAGCCGGUGCGGGAGCAGGUGCCCGAGGACAGGCUGCACAAGGUGUACACCUUCAACUCGGUGCGCAAGUCCAUGAGCACGGUCAUCCGCACGGACGGCGGCUUCCGCCUCUUCAGCAAGGGCGCCUCGGAGAUCCUGCUGAAAAAGUGCACCAACAUCUUAAACAGCAACGGCGAGCUCCGUGGCUUCCGCCCUCGGGACAGGGACGACAUGGUGAAGAAGGUCAUUGAGCCCAUGGCCUGCGACGGGCUGCGCACCAUCUGCAUCGCCUACCGGGACUUCCCGGCCGCGCAGGAGCCCGACUGGGACAACGAGAAUGAGGUCGUGGGCGACCUCACCUGCAUCGCCGUCGUGGGCAUCGAGGAUCCCGUGCGGCCGGAGGUCCCCGAAGCGAUCCGCAAGUGCCAGCGUGCUGGCAUCACUGUCCGCAUGGUGACCGGGGACAACAUCAACACGGCCCGGGCCAUCGCAGCCAAGUGUGGCAUCAUCCAGCCCGGGGAGGACUUCCUGUGCUUGGAGGGGAAGGAGUUCAACCGGCGGAUCCGAAAUGAGAAGGGCGAGAUAGAGCAGGAGCGCCUGGAUAAGGUGUGGCCCAAGCUGAGGGUGCUUGCCCGAUCAUCUCCCACUGACAAGCACACUCUGGUCAAAGGCAUCAUCGACAGCACCACGGGCGAGCAGCGGCAGGUGGUGGCUGUGACCGGGGAUGGCACCAAUGACGGGCCAGCCCUCAAGAAGGCCGACGUGGGCUUCGCCAUGGGCAUCGCAGGGACCGACGUGGCCAAGGAAGCUUCCGACAUCAUCCUGACCGAUGACAACUUCACCAGCAUCGUCAAGGCCGUGAUGUGGGGCCGCAACGUCUAUGACAGCAUCUCCAAGUUCCUGCAGUUCCAGCUGACGGUCAACGUGGUGGCCGUGAUCGUGGCCUUCACGGGUGCCUGCAUCACUCAGGACUCUCCUCUCAAAGCGGUACAGAUGUUGUGGGUGAACUUGAUCAUGGACACGUUUGCCUCUCUGGCCCUGGCCACGGAGCCGCCCACCGAGUCGCUGCUGCUUCGGAAGCCAUACGGCCGGGACAAGCCCCUGAUCUCCCGGACCAUGAUGAAGAACAUCCUGGGCCACGCCGUCUACCAGCUCACGAUCAUCUUCACGCUGCUCUUCGUGGGGGAGCUCUUCUUCGACAUCGACAGCGGGCGGAACGCGCCCCUGCACUCGCCACCCUCCGAGCACUACACCAUCAUCUUCAACACCUUCGUCAUGAUGCAGCUCUUCAACGAGAUCAACGCCCGCAAGAUCCACGGCGAGCGCAACGUCUUCCAUGGCAUCUUCAGCAACCCCAUCUUCUGCACCAUCGUGCUGGGCACCUUCGCCAUCCAGAUCGUCAUUGUCCAGUUCGGCGGCAAACCCUUCAGCUGCUCCCCUCUGUCCACGGAGCAGUGGCUCUGGUGCCUGUUUGUUGGUGUUGGGGAGCUGGUCUGGGGACAGGUCAUCGCCACCAUCCCCACCAGCCAGCUCAAGUGCCUGAAGGAAGCGGGGCACGGGCCGGGGAAGGACGAGAUGACCGACGAGGAGCUGGCCGAGGGGGAGGAGGAGAUUGACCACGCCGAGAGGGAGCUGCGCAGAGGCCAGAUCCUCUGGUUCCGGGGCCUCAACCGGAUCCAGACGCAGAUGGAGGUAGUGAGUACCUUCAAGAGAAGCGGUUCAUUUCAGGGUGCUGUGCGCCGGCGGUCUUCGGUCCUCAGCCAGCUCCAUGACGUAACCAAUCUUUCUACCCCUACUCACAUCCGGGUGGUGAAAGCAUUCCGUAGCUCCCUCUACGAAGGCCUGGAGAAGCCGGAGUCCAAGACCUCUGUGCAUCACUUCAUGGCGACGCCCGAGUUUCUGAUCAACGACUACACCCACAACAUCCCGCUCAUCGACGACACCGACGUGGACGACAACGACGAGCGUCUGCGGGCCCCCCCGCCCCCGUCCCCCAACCAGAACAACAACGCCAUAGACAGCGGCAUCUACCUGACCACGCACGGCGCCAAGUCAGCUACCUCGUCAGUGUUUUCUUCCAGACCCGGGAGCCCGCUCCACAGUGUGGAGACGUCCCUCUAGGCCGCCCUGCCCCUGACGCACGCGCCCCUGCCCCCGGGCGGCGGCUCAGACUUUCCUCAGGAGGCACCGACGAGAAGCCAAGGCCCUGCGGCAU